GAUAAAUUGUUUUUUUCGGUUUGGAGAAAUGUAUUUUUAAGAAAUGAAAUAUCAAAUCAUUUAGAAUUAUUUAUUAAUGAAAAUCAUACUUUCGAUUCUAUCGAAGAAUAUACAACUCACCCAAAAAAAUUUUAUUUUACAAGUGUUACAUUAAAUAUCACAGAAAAAUUAAAUAGAAAUGUUUUAUCAAAUUCAAUAGAGUCCUUAACAUUUGGCGAUGGCUUUAACCAUGAAAUAGAAGAAGGUUCAUUACCAGCUUCAAUUAGAGUAUUAAGUUUGGGUGGUUUCGAUAAACCACUUAAACCAGGUGAUAUUCCUUUAUCGGUUAAAUCUCUAUUACUUAAUGGAUUCAACCAACCACUUAAAGAAGGAGACAUACCAUCAUCAGUCGAAUUUUUAUAUUUUGGUAAUGGGUUCAAUUGUACACUCACACCAGGAGUAAUACCAUCCUCAGUUCAAGUAUUAAUUUUUCUUAAUUUCAACCAGCCUCUUGAAGUAGGCGAUAUACCAUCUUCAGUUAAAGCCCUAUCGCUUGGUUCUUCUUUUAAUCACCCACUUGGGGAAGGAGUAUUACCAUCUUCAAUCAAAACAUUGGCUUUGAGUGAAGUUAUGCAGGUAACACCGGAAUCUAUUGUUAUACCACCUUCAGUUACAGCUUUAACAUAUUCUAUCAACAGUGAACUCAAUGCCGGCAAUAUACCACCAACUGUUAAUAUUUUAGAAUUUGGUAAUUCUUUCAAUCAGCCUCUUAAACAAGGUGAUAUACCAUCCUCUGUUGAGGAAAUAAUAUUUGGAGAUAACUUCAAUCAGCCACUUAAACAAGGGGAUAUACCAACCUCCGUUAGAACUUUAACAUUCGGUUAUUUUUUCUCUCAGACACUUAAAAGUGGUGAUAUCCCUGCAUCUGUAGAAAUAAUACAGUUUGUUAAU